CCGCCCACUCCAGCCUGGCCCCGCCCCGGCCCAGGUCCAUUCCGGGGUCAGAUUCCGUCCUGCCAGGUCUGAGUCGGCGGCUGCACGGCGGAUGAGACCGGUGCUACUCAUGAAGGUGUUCGUCACCCGCAGGAUACCCCCCGAGGGCAGGGCCGCGCUCGCCCGGGCGGCAGACUGUGAGGUGGAGCAGUGGGACUCGGAUGAGCCCAUCCCCGUCAAGGAGCUGGAGCGAGGUGUGGCGGGGGCCCACGGCCUGCUCUGCCUCCUCUCCGACCGUGUGGACAAGAGGAUCCUGGAUGCCGCAGGGGCCAAUCUCAAAGUCAUCAGCACCCUGUCCGUGGGCGUGGACCACUUGGCUUUGGAUGAAAUCAAGAAGCGUGGGAUCCGAGUUGGCUACACCCCAGAUGUCCUGACAGAUACCACCGCGGAACUUGCAGUCUCCCUGCUACUUACCACCUGCCGCCGGUUGCCGGAGGCCAUCGAGGAAGUGAAGAAUGGUGGCUGGACCUCGUGGAAGCCCCUCUGGCUGUGUGGCUAUGGACUCACGCAGAGCACUGUCGGCAUCGUCGGGCUGGGGCGCAUAGGCCAGGCCAUUGCUCGGCGUCUGAAACCAUUUGGUGUCCAGAGAUUUCUAUACACAGGGCGCCAGCCCAGGCCUGAGGAAGCAGCGGAAUUCCAGGCAGAGUUUGUGUCUACCCCUGAGCUGGCUGCCCAGUCUGAUUUCAUCGUUGUGGCCUGCUCCUUAACGCCUGCAACCAAGGGACUCUGCAACAAGGACUUCUUCCAGAAGAUGAAGGAAACAGCUGUGUUUGUCAACAUCAGCAGGGGCGACGUUGUAAACCAGGACGACCUGUACCAGGCCUUGGCCAGUGGUCAGAUCGCAGCUGCUGGACUGGAUGUGACGACCCCAGAACCACUGCCUACAAACCACCCUCUCCUGACCCUGAAGAACUGUGGUCCUGGAAUUCAGCUCAGGGCCCCUGGACUGCUUCAAAAGACAGUUCUUGGUCUGAGGAGAGGGCGGUCAGGGCAUGAAGCUGCAGUCGCCGCUGCUGUUGCUGCAAAAUCUAAGCGCUGGGCUGCAGCCAUGUCCUACUGCCGGCAGGAAGGGAAGGAUCCAAUCAUAUUUGUGAUGAAAAAAGACCUUGCAGCUCCAAGCAACGCAGCUGAUGACCCCAGUGAUCCCUAUGAGGAGCACGGAUUGAGGCUGCUAAAUGGAGACAUUAACUGGAACUGCCUGUGCCUUGGGGGAACAGCCAGCGGCCCCUGUGGGAAACAAUUCAAACUGGACUUUUCCUGCUCCCACUAUAGUAUGGAGAAUGUCAAGGGGUCAGGCUGUGUAGACCAGUUGGGGGCCAUGCAGGAAUGCAUGCAGAAAUACCCAGAUCUUUGUCCCCAAGAAGGUGAGGAAGAGGUAGAGGAAAAGCCCGCAGAACAUGUAGAAGCAGCAGCUCCCACUGAGGCCACUGCAACCAAAGAGGAGGGGUCAAGUUAAUGAAGGCCAUAGGACUCAGUCCUUCCACCCCUUCAGAGUGACACGGACCUUUCGCAAAAUGCCAUUUAGUCACCCCAACAAAGUGUUUUUUCCUCUGUUGUCCUGUAAACUGUAACGUACCAAAUAAUGUAUUUUGAUGAUCAGGGGGCUUGGCCUCUUGACAUAUACACUGAAAAAAAUGGGGGUUGUUUAUAUGUGUCCUGUGUAAACCUGUCGGCAAAUGUAGCCACCACUUUUGAAUUCUCCUAGAUGGCCCUUAAUUUUGCCACUUUGAAAUAAUGUGCUACUCAAUCUCAGCAACCAAAAACCAUUAUCCGGGAACGUUUCUUAUGAGUGAGCAGAUUUAUUCUGAUUCAUUGUAUGUCUAAAAUGUUGGGAUGGGGCUGGUUAGGGUGGCUCAUGCCUGUAAUCCCAGCACUUUAGGAGGCCAAGGCAGGAGGAUCACUUGAGACCAAGAGUUCGAAUCUAGCCUGGACAACACAGUGAGACCCCAUCCCUAUAAAAAAUUAAAAAUUAGCCAUGUGUGGUGGUAUGCACCUCUAGUUCUAGCUGCUCAGGAGGCUGAGGUGGGAGAAUCGCUUGAGCCUAGGAGGUUGAGGCUGUAGUAAGCUGAUUGUGCCAUGACACUCCAGCCUGGGCAACAAAGCAAGACUCUGUCUCAAAAAUUCUUCUCUACUAGAAGAGGCCAAAUGGUCAGAUGCAAAUUUCUCCAAACCCAUCCUGACCUUGAGUAUGUAUAUGGGUUACUACACUUCAUUCCUGACAUAUUUUGAUUUCCAUGUUGGCACUGAGCUCCCGGUUUUCUAUUUGGAUGGUGAAAAUUUGGACCCUGUCAUUCACGGUCCCUUCCUAAGUGUAGGGAAAGGCUGGUUUUUGCUAUCCCUUGUUAUUCUGAAAGCUCUGGUUUGGGGUCCGUGUUCAUGCUGGCUCUCAGUUUGAUCAGAUGCAAUGUUCUUGAGAGGUGGGGAUCUAAUUACCAGAGAGGAGAGGAAACUGUGAAUUAAGUACUCAAUUAUGGCUGGGCGCGGUGGCUCACACCUGUAAUCCCAGCCCUUUGGGAGGCC